UCAACUUCCUUGCGCUGAGUAACAUUCAGCUGACCCGUGGGCGUGGCUGUGCAUAUUAACAACCUACGCGAAGCUGCAGAGACACAGUCAGGUGAUUCGUUCUCACAGAAGGUUCGCCAUGAAGCAGCUCGCGGUGCUGUUCUGUGCUCUGGCACUGGUUGCAGCAACUCCCUUGUUUGGAACAGAGCAGUGUGCCAAGGGGCCUGAGGUCUGGUGUGAGAAUGUGAGGACUGCUUCUCAGUGUGGUGCAGUAAAACACUGCCAACAAUCAGUUUGGAACAAGCCCACUGUGAAAUCUUUGCCAUGUGAUGUCUGCAAGGAGAUAAUAACCGUUUUGGGAAACUUCAUGAAGGACAAUAUAACACAGGGUGAAAUUAAAGAUUAUUUAAAUAAAGUCUGUGACCUGUUCCCUGAUCCUGGUUUGGCUGCCACCUGCAAGCAAGAAGUGAGCGAUUACUUCUCUAUUGUACUGAAUCUUCUUCAGCAAGAACUGAGUAAUCCUGGUGUGCUGUGUUCUUCCCUUGGUUUGUGCACGUCUCUUCAGCGGCAUCUGGCAAGUCUAAAACAACCCAAACAAUUACUUAACAAUGAGAUACCAGAUGUGGAUGCUUCAAAACUAGUUUAUCCUUUUAUUGUUAAUGUUCCUCAACUCCUCUAUCCUCAAGACAAGACUCCAAAGGAGCCCAAGACUGGGGAUAUAUGCAACGACUGUACAACGUUAAUUUCUGAUGUGCAAGAUGCCCUUCGAAGCAAUUCUUCAUUCUCAAAGAAAUUGGUGGACCAUUUUAUGCAGGAAUGUAACCUGCUUGAUCCUACUAUGGCAGAAAUGUGCAAGUCUUACAUUAACCAGUAUGCCGAUAUAGCCAUACAAGUGCUACUGCAAAUGGAUCAGCAACCAAAACAGUUGUGUGGUAUGGCCGGAUUUUGUGACCAGGAAAAAUCAACACCUCUGCAAAACAUUAUUCCAGCGAAAUCCCUUAUUCCUGCAGUAAAGAUCACAGAGAAUCCAUUGCCUGAAAACAAUGUGUAUUGUGAAGUCUGUGAACUAAUGAUUUCUCAAAUUGAAAAACUUUUAGAUAACAACAGAACAAGGGAGAACAUAAAACAGAGCCUGGAGAAAGUCUGCAAGCUUCUUCCUUCUCAAUACACCCAAAAGUGUGAGGACAUCAUAGACGAGUAUUUUGACCCCCUGAUUGAGCUGCUGGAACAAGAGGCAAAUCCUGAAGUCAUUUGUACUACCCUAGGAUACUGCAGCGGCAGGAAGAACCUAAAAAAUGUAAAAAUAAGUGCUGAGAAGGUUGCAGCUGGAGACUACUGUCCUGUGUGCAGGAUGAUUAUGCGAUAUGUAGAUGAACUUCUGGAGAAAAAUGCCACUGAAAGUAGGAUCAAGGAUUUUCUAAAUAGAAUCUGUAACUUUUUACCAGACUCCAUGCAAAAUGAGUGUUCUGCGUUGAUCAAGGAGUAUGAGCCUUUGUUUAUUCAGUUACUUCUGGAAGCACUGGAUCCCUCUUUUAUUUGCUUAAAAUUGCACCUGUGUCAAGGUGAGACUGUGCUUUUGGGAACAGAGAAAUGCAUGUGGGGCCCGAGUUAUUGGUGCAAAGACGUGGAAACUGCAGCAAACUGCAAUGCUCUUGAACACUGCCAGCGUCACGUGUGGAAUUGAAAUACCCAAUCCUUGUGAAUAUUCCUCAGAUUGAAGAAAUCCUUCCUCUAGUGAAAUCAUGUGCCCUGCUUCCAACCCUUUUAUCGCCCUCCUACAUCUUAGUUCUCUUUUAAGGUGUUUUUUUUGUGGAGGGGAAAACUUUUUUUUUUUUUUUUCUGUAUACAUUUGUUAUAUGUCUAAUGAUUAAAGAUUGUGUAGGAUAUUUUAACAACAUAGUUUUAACAUUCUGAUAUGGUUGUGUUUUUUUUUUUUUUUUUUUUGGUAUGACAUUUUUGUCUGAUUCUCCAAAAAGGAAAUUUUCCCUGUUAUUGCCUAAAAAAAAGAAGUUCUUAUGUUUGUCUGAUCUAGAGCAUUUGUCACAUAUUUACUUAGUCUUUUGAUAAGGUGCCUGGUCUGUUCAAAAACCAGGGGUAGUUUAGGUACAAGCUGAUUUAAGCUGUGUUCUGAAUACUGCAAACCAUAACCCUAUCUUAUAUGGUUUAAACAUGCUGCAAAGUAUUAUUGGGCCAAAAAAUACCCUGACAUUGCGGCAGCUCUAUUUGCAUGGAAAUGCUCGGCAAUUGUAUUUGCACAAUUCUUUUAUUUUACAGACAUACCCACAGGGAUUUCUGUGUCAGGGUAUUUUUGGUCAUUUUGUUGCCCAUGCUUUAACAAGGGUUGCAUGAUCAACAUUAAGUUAAACUACAUCUCCCACCAUCUUCUGCAUGUGUUUGCUGUUGAAGCUGAGAGGUGAACAAGCGCCAGUUAAUAACAUGAUUUGCAUGUAUGCCUAUCCAUUUGCUUCAGACUUCUGUUUGUUACUUUGAAGAUUUUAGUUGAACAAAUGUUUUGACUAAUAUAUUAAUCAUAAUAACCGUAGCGAACACUGAUAUUUCAGCAGCUGAGAUGUCCUGACAUAAAAGUGCAGCCUUACUGGAAAUGGUUACUGUGCUUACCUCUCACUGUUCAUUAUCACACAAAACCUGACCCUGAAUUACACUUUCAUAUCAAGGCAGCACUUCUGUCCUGAGACUGCACCUUUAUAUGAAUAAUAUAAUAAUGUGUAUUUAUAGAUCACUAGAUGAAUAAUUUAGAGUAAAAGAGGUUUCAUGGAUGUCUACCCCCCUUCCCCUUUAAAGCUGCUGUAAUUGACAAUAAAGUUCUUAAACCGUU